CCAGGGGGGCGAGGCGCCGUCCAAUGACAAAGCCCAGGGGUGGGCGCCGGCCGCCAUCUUGUACAGGGCGGCCGUAGAUCCGCCCGCGUCUUCCGCCCUCAGAGGGGGAGGGGCGGCGGCGGAGGCGAGAAAAGUAGGAGACGCGCCGGGCGGGAGGCGCCAGCAGCGGCCGCCGGCGGCAGCGGGACCCGGUGAGCGGGGCGGCCCCGAGUGGCCUGCGAUGCGGCGCGGCGUGAAGAGGCGGCGGCGCCGGCCCCCGGCGGCCCCGGCCGCGGCCGCCCGGGGCGACGGCUGGAGGGCCGGAGGAGGGGCCGGGCUUGAGGCGCGGGAGGAGAAGGUGGUGUACUCGCGGUCGCAACUGUCGCUGGCCGACAGCACCCAGGCGCUGGGCGACGCCUUCAAGCUCUUCAUGCCCCGCAGCACGGAGUUCAUGAGCUCGGACGCCGAGCUCUGGAGCUUCCUUUGCAGCCUCAAGCACCAGUUCUCCCCGCACAUCCUGCGCAGCAAGGACGUCUACGGCUACUCCUCCUGCCGCGCCCUGGUGCCCGAGCCCCCCGCGCCGCCCGCCGCCCGCCGCCCGCCGCGCAGGCCGGCCCCGAGCGCCGCGGCCAGGAGGAGGCGCCGCGGAGCCAGGGCGGCCGUCGCCGCCCGCACGAGGAAGCCCCCGCCGCCGCCGCCGCCGCCGCCCGACCCCGAGGAGAGCUGCCCCGCCAAGCCCGCGGCCCCCGCGACCCCCGCGCCCUGCUUCGGGGGCCGCAGCCUGGAGGAGAUCUGGAGGGCGGCCACCCCGACGCUGACCACCUUCCCCACCAUCCGCGUCGGCGGCGACGUGUGGGCCGAGCGCAGCCUGGCGGCGGCGCGGCGCCGGGCGCGCCAGGUGCUGCGGGUGGACCUGGACCCCGUGGUGAGGCUCCGUCGCUUCCCGGUGCCCCGGGCGUGAGGCGCGGCCCCCGGACCCUGGACCGGAGCUUCCGCCUGGAGGAGUGAACGAGUGUCAGUCGAGUGUUUACAGAUCCGACCAGGACCCCGUCCCCUAGUGCACUUUACGGGCGAAGAAGUCACCGGAUGGCUCUCCGGCCCCGCGUCCCCGAGAUGCGGCGCCGCCGUCUGGGACUCCGGGCCAAGUGUGUCCUCUGCUGCCCCGCCGGCACCGGGUCUGUGGAGGAGGAGACAGGUGGACCCGCGGGGAGGUCCCUUUUCUUCCUGACCCCGGAUUGAGACGUCUCCAGGACUAUAGGGGCAGAUCCGUUUUCUCUCUUUUGGACUCUACCUCACUGGUCUGGAAGUCCUCCGAAGAAGUUAAUAUUUUUCCAAAGGAAUUUGGUUUCGUACUUGUGUAAUAAAGCCGGAAUUGACUUGUGUUUUUAUCCCUCUCCCCCGCCUUUUUUCUUUUUGACUGCCACCCCUCUUUCUGGACGAAAGAUCGAACAUAUUUUGUGGUGUUGCACUAGUUUGUGCUCAGGGUAUUCUGAAUCCCCUUCGUUUCCUAAUUUUAACUGGAUUCCAAAGCUUUGACCAAGGAUAUUUUCUAAGAGAUUCAAGCUUGUGACUGUUAAUAGUGCAAGGACGCGUAUGGCUUUGAAUUUCAUGGGCUCAGUGAUUACAAACAAAGAGAUGCAAAGUACAACUGUUUAAACAUUUUUAAGGUGUUUCUAAAGAUUUUAUAUUGAAAUUUAAUGUGUAUAUUUACUGAGCUCCUAAAAAAAUGGUAGAAACUCAUAAAAAGUUUCGUUUAGGAAAAGUUGACUUGUUAAAUUCUUUUUAAUUGAAUAAAAGUUAAAGUGCAUUGAAACCACAUGGCUUGUGAUUAAAAAAACAGCAACUAAAUGAAUGACUAUAUUAUAAAGAUCUGGUGUCAAAGAGAUGGAUGGAACCCGAUUGGAAAUGAUUUGGCCUCCUUGUACUGGUCUAACAUACAAAUACAGGAAUAUUUCAAGGAUAAGUUAUUUUAAAAUGAGAAUAGCCUCGGAGAAAUGAAUGUGUGUAAACUUUGUGAUUAAAAUGAUAAACAGAAUACCCGUUAGAAUUCUCAGAACUAUUAAUGAUCUAGAGGGGUGGGGGCAUUUCUUGGUAUCAAAUUACUGAUUGAAGUUACUUUGGGCAAAAUAGAUUUCUCUUUCUUUCCUUCUUUUUGUUUUUGUUGUUGGAUGACAAGAAAUGUCCGGACUGAUAUCUGUCACUUUUAUAAACAUAAUGAUGAUUAGUUGACUUUUUGCUCCACGAGUUUCCUUUCUUUUCUUAUUUCCAUUCAUAAUUAUGUUUGCAGUUACCGGUCUUUGACAGCUGAAGACCACAGGAAUGGAACAGGCGAGCCACACAAGAGUGCUGACCCUUCUUUUACAUGUUUAUAAUAGUGUUUAUACCAUAUGGCCCAGUGUGGAAUUCUUGAUUAUCCAAGUGCCUUUGGUCAUUGGUGGCAGCAAGACUUAACGGUUUUUAGCCAGCGGUGCCACAGCCAGCUUUUACUGCAAUACCUAAAGGGUCAAGUAGUGUUUUUGUACCACUGUUAUUCUAAAUGUAGGUAUUCUGCCAUGGAGCAAUCCAUACCGGGCUGGAACUUGACAUGAAAUCCUCAAUAUUAAGGUUUAUCUCUGCUUGGCAGCUUCUUAGUGGAAUAAUGAGAAUUGCAAUUUUGACUCUUGUGUUCUUAGGAUUCAAAUGGCAUAGCUUUCUGAAAUUAGUUUUUCAAAUUUAAUAGUCCAUAGUAGGAGUUUUGUGACUUUAAUUUCAGUGUCCUUGUUUUGUAAAAAAAAAAUAUAUAUAUAUAUAUAUAUAUAUAUAUGACUUUAUGCCAGUUUCCCAGUAAGCCUCUUAUUCUUUUAUUCACUGCUCAAUGAUAAUGCAUUGUUAAAAACACUGUCACAUGAGUAAAUAAAAGUGAAUAAUGACUUAGAAGAUGGAGUGUUAAAUUAUAUAUGUGUGAUAGGAAGCUUAUAUAUAUUCUUUUGGUUAUUAGCUUCCAUUGCCAAUUGUAAUUCAGAUACAGAGAGUUUUCUUCCCCCCCAAAACUGUUAACUUUUUUAGCUAACUUAGCACCUGAGGAAAAAAAUAUGUAUUUGUACCACUUCACUAUUGUAUAUAGUUUUAUAAUAAUUAAAAAAUAAAUCCAAUGGCCGUAUUAGAAUGUAAUUUCAACAUCUAGCUUAUCUCGAUGGUUUCCCAGAGGAUUUUGAAAUUAGACUUAGCCGGGAGGAAACCUUUGCUCAGCACAAGACUGAAACAUAACCAUUGAAGGACACCAGGCGUUUAUUUUCACGGAGAUUCUUAACAUUUUUUCCUCUUAUGCCUUGUUACUUUGGUGCACUUGAACUCGCAUAAAUGUUUCUUUGGGCUGUCUGAUUUCAGUUUGGAUCUGAUUGCCCAUCCUGAAUUCAAUAUAUUAUUCAUCUGGUCUCUGAAAAAUCAAACCAUUUCUAGUUUGUGAAAUAAGAUGUGAAAAUGUCUUUAUUUUUGCCAAGUUUUCUUUAGCAAAACCUUGCUAAAGUUAGUUGUUUUACAACUUCUAAAAUGUGAAGAAACAACCAAUCCAGUUGAUUAGUAUAGUCAUGGGAAAGUGAAAGUAUUUUAUGGGGACUUUUGGGCAGAAUGUGAAAAGGAACUUGGCGCGGUGGCCUAUGGUGAGGCAUCCGUUCACUGUCCUCUAAAGUGAGGACGUAGCUUCUCUUGUAUAUAGUUUUUUAGAAGAAAUCCCAUGAUCUGUAUUCAUUCUUUUCCUUUCUCUUAUAUCUCAUAUGGCACAGUGGAGGAGGAAGCCAGGAGGAAGUUUAUUGCCUUGCUUUGCUUUUAUUUUAUUUUUCACUCCUGAGUGCCUAAAUGUGGUGACCGGCAUCUCACAUAACCUUUUGAAAUUCCUGAUGUCAUUUUUAUCUUCCUUCCUGUCAACCAGCAACUUAUUUUUCCUUAUUGAAACCAGUAAUGUCAUGAUUGUUGAGGGCAAGGUACAUUGUCGAUAGUGCAAAGUGUCGCUGUUGUGUUGUGUAUUUAUUUUGUCUGAGAUUGAGUACCCUAUUGGACAAGUGUAGCUUAAGCUGGUGGCUGACACCUAUUGAUUUGCUAUGUGCAAACGAUAGUACUAUUUUUCUGAAAACUCUUCAAUAAAAAAAAUGAAAAAUAUUUGAAUACAAAAAAAUCUGAGCAAUUUUGAACUCAAAAGUUUUUUUGUUUUAAGGAGUUGCCACAGCACUCUUUAAAUUGGUGGUUUUUAAUGGACAUUUAUACAUAAUAUUUACUUUAUUGGUGUUUAAAAUAUUUUUCGGUAGACUGUUGAGUGUCUUGAGUGCAUUAGAAAGCAAUUGUUUGUAAUGGAACUGAAUUGUUUCCUUGGACAGUUUGAUGUGCAUAUGAUUAAGAUUUACAAUCUGAUUGUACUUUGCUUUUUAACUUAUUAACUGUAAAUAAAUUUUAGAGAAUA